AUGUUCUGGUGGACCUAUUACCUCACUUUCACCGUCGGCCCCGGCUACGUGCCCAAGGACUGGAGCGCGGACUUAGAGGACGCACAUGCGGGCCGACAAGUGCUGUGGUGCUCCAAGUGCAGCGCCUUCCGUCCGGAGAGGGCGCACCACUGCAAGUUCUGCCAGAGAUGUGUACUGAUGAUGGAUCACCACUGCCCGUGGAUUCAGACCUGCGUGGGCUAUCACAACACCAAGUACUUCCUCUUGUUCCUUUUCUACGGCCUCAUUUCCUGCUCCAGCUUCCUCUACCUCUUCUACCAGCACUACCAUCAGCUGCCAUCUCCGGAUGAAUCCAUGCCCGAAGAUUUCGCUGCAGCGGCGGAGACGGCCAACUGGCGAGGUAAUGCGUUCCUGUUGAACGAUCACGUCCGACUCAUCGCUCGCAACAAGACGUUCAUCGACUACCUCGCCGUGCACUCCAACCCCUUCCUGGCCAAGAUGGCAAUGUCAUGGGGAACGAGCGCAAGGAGACCGAAGAAGAGCGAAGAAGAUUACAACCGUUACGACUUGGGCACGAUGGCCAACAUCCGAUACUUCUUGGGAGACAGCAUGUGGAUGUGGUUUUGGCCGACGCCUCCGAGAGGCACUGGCUUCUCCUACCCCUCGAACCGCCGGGAGCGAUCAGACGAUUCCUACGACGUGCCCGGCGAAUCAUACGACCUGCGACGGCGAUGA